GCACGAGUUUAUGCUAAUGAGGCGACUCUCGGAGGCGGGCUGUUGCCCCCAGGAACCAACCAGGGGAUUAGAGGGAUGGUCGGCCCCCACCUCCAUCCGGGGACCGAGAGGGGUGGGGCUUGAGUUCAAUCCCCAGUGGCCAAUGGUUCCGUCAGUCAUGCCUGCGGAAUGAAACCUCCAUAGAAACCCCAAAGAACAAGAUCUGGAGACUUUCAGGCCGGUCAACGCAUCCACGUGCCUGGGGGUGACACAGCCCAACUCCACGGGGACAGAAGCCCUUGUGCUCAGGACCCUUGCCAUCUCGCCUUCUGUACGUCUUCCUCUGGCUGUCCAUCUUACGCAGUCCUCUUUCCGCGGCUUAUUUUGCUCCGACUCGCAGCCGCGCGCACGCCGCGAAGUGACGUGAACAGGCCCCGCGCGACCCACCACGCUGCAGCCGUUUCGGAGCUCGGGACUCCAAAAUGGCAGAGCAACUUUCUCCAGGAAAGAUGACAGAGCAGGCGUGCACCUUCCUCUUCAAAAAGCCUGGGCGGAAAGGGGCUGCAGGUCGCAGAAAGCGCCCAGUCCGCGACCAAGAGCGCGGAGACAGCAGCAGCAGCAGCAGCGAAGAAGGCAGCACUGUGGUUCGCCCGGAAAAGAGGGCGACCCACAAUCGGAUGAUGCGGAAGACCCGUGGCAGUGGUAAACAGAAGGCGGCUUACGGGGACUUGAGCAGCGAGGAAGAGGAGGAGAAGGAGCCCGAGACUCUCGGCGUGGUCUAUAAGUCCACCCGCUCGGCGAAACCCGUGGGGCCAGAGGAUAUGGGGGCGACUGCUGUCUACGCGCUAGACGCAGAGAAGGAGCGCGACGCACAAGCCAUCUUUGAGCGCAGCCAGAAGAUCCAGGAGGAGCUGAGGGGCAAGGAAGAUGACAAGAUCUAUCGGGGAAUCAACAAUUAUCAGAAAUACAUGAAGCCCAAGGAUACGUCUAUGGGCAAUGCGUCCUCCGGGAUGGUGAGGAAAGGCCCCAUCCGAGCUCCCGAGCAUCUACGCGCCACCGUGCGCUGGGAUUACCAGCCCGACAUUUGUAAGGACUACAAGGAGACUGGCUUUUGCGGCUUCGGAGACAGCUGCAAAUUCCUCCAUGAUCGUUCAGAUUACAAGCAUGGGUGGCAGAUCGAACGUGAGCUUGAUGAGGGUCGCUAUGGUGUCUAUGAGGACGAAAACUAUGAAGUGGGCAGCGAUGAUGAGGAAAUACCAUUCAAGUGUUCCAUCUGUUGCCAGACCUUCCAAAACCCAGUUGUCACCAAGUGCAGGCAUUAUUUCUGCGAGAGCUGUGCACUGCAGCAUUUCCGCACCACCCCGCGCUGCUAUGUCUGUGACCAGCAAACCAAUGGCAUCUUCAAUCCAGCGAAAGAAUUGAUCGCUAAACUGGAGAAGCAUUGAGCUGCGGAAGAGGGCGGUGCUUCCGAUUUCCCAGAAGACCCCGAUGAGGGUCCAAUUCCCAUUACUUAGUUUUCCCGUUAUUCUCAAAUCUCAAAAUAAAUAUGUUGUUUUGGAAAUCUCAAAAAAAUAAAAAUAAAAAUAAAAAAAUAAAAUAAACAAAUAAAUGAGACCUAGGUAAAUGUUUCUGUAAGUUUUGGGAGCCUCUGUAGCAAAUUAUUGAAUCUGAGAAGGGGGGUCAUAGCAACCCCCCAUUCAGAGCGGUCGGUC